AUGACAGCAGCAAAAGUUUUGCAAUGUGGGUUUUAUUGGCCUACGUUAUUUAAAGAUGCUAGUGCCUUUGUAAAGAGCUGUGAUCAUUUCCAAAGGACCGCUCUAUGCGCUCGUUAUGGAUUUCAUCAUCGCAAGACCUUGUUCUAUCAUCCACUUGCAAAUGGUCAAGCAGAAGUGUCAAAUCGGGAAAUAAAAAGCAUCUUGGAGAAGAUUGUAUGUCAUUUAUCGGUGGAACUUGAGCAUAGAGCUUACUGGGCAAUAAAAAAACUGAAUGCUGAUCUCUUUAUGGAGGGACAGAAUAGGCUUCUAGAGUUGAAUGAGCUCGAUGAAUUUCGAAUUGAACCCUAUGAGAAUGCAAAGAUUUAUAAAGAAAAGUCUAAGUCAUUUCAUGAUAAAAGGAUAAUUAAGAUGGAUUUCCAACCGGAAGACAAGUUGCUAUUAUUUAAUUCUCGAUUGAAGCUUUUUUCGGGAAAAUUAAAGUUGAGAUGGUCGGGACCAUACACAAUUGUAGUCUCAUUUCCUUACGGAGCAAUGCAAGUUCAUAGCGAGAAGACAGGACACUUUAAGGUGAAUGGUCAGUGA